AUACGAGUAACCAAUGAGUUCCUCGCGGGAGCGCAAUGAUACAUAGCCGUGUUGGUCGCGACGCUUCCCCCACUCUGCCACCCUGUGACGAAGCCCAGGAAUUUUGACGUGGCUACUACGUACUUGCCCGUUUGCCCACUCCGAUUGCAGCAAACUUGGUGACGAGGAAUACGUAACUGGGCGUAUCGUCCCGAGGAGAUGGACAGUAUGGUAGAGGAGAAUGGAACGACAGGCAGCUCUGGAGGUGAUCCACUAGCCCCCUCUCCAGGGGACAACUCCUCGUCGGUGGUUGUCACUUCGGUACAGAACAAUUCCUCUCAGCACCAUCAUCUGGUAGCUGCUACCAGUAUCGUGCAUCUCACGCUCCCAACACAUGUCACUAACAACAGUACCAUGCCGCAGGUGCAGUCCGUCAUACAAGCCAAUCAGCAGUCUGUGAUCCAGACACCUGCAAACAUCCAGCCAGUCCAGAUUCAGAAGGGAAAUGUUAUUCUAGUAAGCAAACCAGCUAACUCUGUCAUCCAGACCACGCAAGGGAGCUUACAAACGUUACAGGUUGUGGACGGUGGCAGUGAUGAUAGUUUGUCAAAUGAAGAUGAUGCGACCAAGAAACGAAGGGAUAUUUUGACAAGAAGGCCGUCUUACAGAAAAAUUUUGAAUGAUUUAGGUGGAGGUGCUGAAAUAGCAGUGGGUCGAGUCGAAACCUCCUCUGAUUGCGAUACUAAUGAGGAUAGCGAGCUGUCGUCUCAUUCGAUUCCUUCUCAGUACCAGACACACACAGAGCGAAGGAGAUUUUUAACGAAGUUUGGAAGAGGAGAUUUUAUUCAGAGUUUGGAAGGUACACACCAACCAAAAAUUACAGUGAUCCCGGCCGGAGCGCUCCAGCUGUCCAGCCAGGGCGAGGGUGUCCAGGGACUCCACACGCUGACCAUGACCAAUGCGACGGGGGCCGGCGGCACCAUCGUGCAGUACGCCCAGGGGCAGGACGGCCAGUUCUUCGUGCCUGUUCAAGUUGUAACGACGCCAGGAGGUGGCAUUGGAGGCGGACAGAUUAUCGCCGAAGACCAAGUAAGGAAGAGAGAGAUGCGGCUCUUAAAAAACAGGGAGGCGGCGAGGGAGUGCCGGAGGAAAAAGAAAGAGUACAUCAAAUGCCUGGAGAACCGCGUGGCCGUGCUGGAGAACCAGAACAAGGCGCUCAUAGACGAGCUCAAGUCGCUCAAGGAACUCUACUGCCAGCAGAAGACGGAAUGAGGACCAGCGAUCGAGCGGAAGCGAGACGCGUCGAGGUGAGCGGUCGAGGGAGUAUAGAGUGUCGCGGUCACUCGUUCCCCAGCCGCCGUUUGUGCGUGGAGUUCGUCGGUUCGUCUACCCGGGCGCGAGUCGGAGACGCGAUUGUUUCGUCUGAUGUUGUAGUCGGUUGUUAUUGUUGUUGUUGGUCCAGAUGAUUAUUAGAAUACCGUUCAGACGAUUUUUUUUUUUAGAAGAAGCAAAUGGACGGUGCUCGUUUUUAUACCAGUGAGAGUGUCGUUUCGCGGAGACGCUGCUAGGUCGGACGGAACUAUUGUCUGCCGGAGACCUUCGAAGUGAACUUAGUCAUUUUGCGGAUUAGGAAAAGGCCUGUGAUAUACGUGUACACUAUCUACUAGAAGAAUGCCAAAGUUGUGUUAGAAGUUGAUAGGAGUGUGGUUCUUCAGCUUCAUGUGAUUCAGGCGUAACUCAGGGGUAGAAAGUGAGGUGACUGUGUGCCAUAAACAACGUACCACACUGAUCGUGAUGUUAGCGUUUUACCCUCUUCCUACCCAGCUAACAGUUCAUUCAGCAUCUUAUUGCAUACCUACAUUAUGUAUUUUCUUCUGUUUGUGGAUUACACAAAGUAUUUGUGUUUUUUUAAUGUAUGAUUUAGUUGAUGUCAGUUUGUUUUUUAAUUCUGUAUUUCAUUGUUUUAAAUGUUCACCAUUAUUGAAGUUUUUACAGAUGUUGUAGUCUAAGUGGAAAAAAAAAAAUUGUUAUCUUUGUAUUUAUUACAAAACAAGCAAGUAUUUUUGAUCAUUCAGUUUUUUUGAAUUUACUAUCACAUCACUUAGCACAAUUUGUAAUAAUAUUAAGUAUUUAUUUUGUGAAGAAGUGCAAUUAUGUAAUAUAGAAGAGUGAUAUAUUUGUAUAAAUACUGGAGAACUCAACUAGUUAAAGAAUUACAAAAAAAAAUUUGUACAGAUUUAAAUGUAACAUAUUUUCUGUGUGGCUCAUGGACUGUUGUCCUACAUAGAAUUUGUAAAUUAAAAGAAAUUAUUUUUCGUAUGAA